AAGAUAAUACUACAUACAAAAUCAUUUUCAAAGACCUGAACUUUGCAGUGUUUUCGGCGUUGACGUAACUCUAGAAUGUUUACAUUGAGACUUUAAGAUAAGAAAAGUUGAAAAGAGUGUUAAUAUAUGGAGUAAAGCAAGAUGAAACUUUUCAUACUCUGUGUAGUAACAUGCGUUCUUCGAGUCAAAGUUUAUGCAGACUAUGACUGUCUAUGCAAUUAUCGUGUAGAGACGCCUUUGUUUGGACAACAAAAUGAAAAUUCUAGUCCAGUUGCCUACAUGUAUGAAUUUGACUGCAAGCCGGCUAUAUCUAAAGGUGACACACAGGAAACAUGGUUUGCGGUCAUGAACGAACAUGCUGUCGCCUAUGUGCAUAAGGACAGCGGGUUGCAGGUUCAACUCUGCGCUGGUAGCAUACCAUCAGAAGACAAGUUGUUUCCAACAACUCUACUUCCGGUCACAAGCACAGCUUCUACAACGCAAUUACCAACGAGCGCCUCUACAAGGGAGAUAACGGCUACAAUGUUGAAGACAACAACUACUGUGACUUCCAAAAAACUUGAAAUGACAACUAGCACGACAGAACCGUCUACAAGACCAUCUAGCACAUUUAAACCCCAAACUACAAGAUCAACCUCUACACAAACAACAAAGUUAUCCACUUUAAUAUCUACACCGUUCACUAACAGCGCCACAACUAAAGCAGCUACACGCACUACACAGAGAACCACGCAAGAUUUCACAUCACAACCGACUGCUAGUUGGACAAGAACAACUGACUGGCUCAUUCAUUGGAAUAUAACACAUCAACCUUAUACCACUGAGUAUCCACAUACUAAGAAUUAUUACCAUUCAACCAAGAAACCGCAUCACUAUUCUACAGACUGGCUCAUUCAUUGGAAUGUAACUCAUCCACCUUUUACGACAGAUUAUUACCAAACAAGUUAUCAUUCAACUUAUUCUCAUGGAAACUUAAAUUUAUGCCCAGGCCUUCUUAGACGAUCCGUCGAUCAUACGUUGUUGAGACAGUACGGAAAUCAUUGUUACGAGCUUGUCCACACAUCAAAGAACUGGCACGGGGCAGAGAACGACUGCUGGAACAGGAUUGGACAUGGCGGGGAACUGCUAGAAAUUUACACAGAGGACAUUCAAAAUUACAUAAUGAAUUUUCUACGAGAAGUAAAUAACCAGAGAUAUUUGUGGAUCGGACUAGAAGAUAUUGAUAGAGAGGAACAUUUCAUGUGGGAUUCUGGAACAAAAGUUACCUAUACUAACUGGACUCCUAAUAGAAAGAGUAACCAUUUACCUCAUGGACAAGAAGAUUGUGUGUGAUGCUAUUACUGAAUGGAAAAUGGGACGAUGUAUUAUGCUCUCAUAACGGGUUCAGCCGACGCUUCCUUGUGAACAGCAACAACAUCAACGUUGUCCGUCCCUAUAUCUGCCAAUACCCAACACACGCACCUCAUAAUGGAUAAUUUGACGCAUGCUGCACAUACAGUUUGAUUCUUUUCAUAAAUGAUUUCUUUUCCUCUCCAAAAAAAUUAUUGAUCGUUUUGUUUCUUGCAGUUCUGUUGAUUUUGUAAAGAUAUAUAUCUAAUUCAACAAUGUUUUGUUGAUUAAUAAAAUUAGAACAAAACUCCCAUUAAAAAAACUCUUUUUUCA